GGACGUGCUAGAACUGAUCGAAUAUAUAAUCGCGUCCAUGACGAUUUCCGAUACGCUUCAUAGAUCUGCCUUCUUUCAAGCCGCCGCUACUGUCUUGUGUGUGCUCGCGGUUCUCGUAGCACACGUUGGGGGAAUAAGGAGCUACAGCAACAGCAGCCGGUAUGUGUGCCCUACUUUCUCCUGCGGUGAACUUAGAGACGUUUCUUAUCCUUUCCGUCGACGGGAAGAUCCAGAUGGCUGCGGUGUUCCAUCGUACGAGCUGUCCUGUAGCGACACCAAAGCUACGAUUCAGAUGAACACAGGGACCUACUAUGUGGUCGACAUAAACUAUACGGGUUCUUCCUUCGUGGCCGUAGACGCAAGCUUGGACAUGCAAAGCAGCUGCCCUCUUCCUCGCUGGGAUCAUGUUCCUUAUGUUUAUGGCCUGUGGGCGUCGCCAUUGGACGCCCACGUCAUGGAGCUGUCCCUUGCUCCAGAAGUUGCAUGGGCAAACUUUGUGAAUUGCUCGAAGGCUGUAAGAAAUAAUCAUAUGUACAGAAAAGUUGAGUGCCUGAGCACGAACUCUUCUUAUGUUUAUGUGCACACUAAAGGGGACCUAUUAUUUGCUGUUCAAGACCUUGAGGCCUCCUGCGGAAACUUGGCCUUGAUUCCUUUCGGUGGUGUUGGUGGACAGAUUGCACCUGUGAAUGUAGGUUCUGCAGAUGCGGUGAUGAGAUUCAUGAGGCAUGGCUUUGCGGUUCGAUUUCCAUAUCACUAUGGACAGACGACACAGAGAACAUGGCAGGAAUUCUUCUACGACGACAUACACUAUUUCAUUCGCAAUUUCCGUACGGAAGGAAUCAAAUAUCAGAUUUUAGAUAUUUUAAAAGGGGAUUAUUACAUUUUGGACAAGUUUCUUAUUCAUUAUUAUGGACAACAGUUUCCUCAUUACCAAGUUGCUAUAACCUUGUGCAUUAUAAGGUGGAUUCUUGUACUAUCACUAUUAUGCCGGUUCAUGUUGGCGCCCCUGUCGGUGUUGAUCUUCCUUGCACACAAGUACUGGAAAGCAAGAAUAACAAUCGACGCAGUCGAAAAGUUUCUCCGGAUGCAACUGAUGCUCGGUCCAACAAGAUACGCCUACACAGACAUCAUCGCGAUCACGAGCCAUUUCAGAGACAAGCUCGGCAAAGGGGGCUAUGGCUCUGUGUACAAGGGUGUGCUCCUCCCGGGCAACGUCCAUGUCGCCAUCAAGAUGCUGGGUAAUUCCAACUGCAACGGAGAAGACUUCAUCAGUGAAGUGUCCACCAUUGGUAGGAUUCACCACGUCAAUGUGGUGCGUCUUGUGGGGUUUUGCUCCGAGGAAAUGAGGAGGGCGCUAGUCUAUGAGUACAUGCCCAAUGGCUCACUUGACAAGUACAUCUUCUCAUCAGAAAAAUGUUUCUCCUGGGACAAACUCAAUGAAAUUGCUUUGGGUAUCGCCAGGGGGAUUGACUACCUGCAUCAGGGUUGUGACAUGCAGAUUGUACACUUUGACAUCAAGCCAGAAAACAUCCUUCUUGACAACAACUUCAUUCCGAAAGUAGCUGAUUUUGGGCUCGCCAAGUUGUGCCCAAGGGAUGACAAUUUUGUGCCAAUGAGCGCAAUGCGGGGAACAAUAGGGUACAUAGCUCCUGAGAUGAUAUCUCGGUGCUUUGGCAACAUAUCCAGCAAAUCAGAUGUGUACAGCUUUGGGAUGCUACUAUUGGAGAUGGCGGGUGGGCGUAGGAACGCGGAUCCGCAAGCAGGAAGCUCAAGUCAGGCAUACUACCCAUCGUUGGUGUAUGGCCAGUUGACCCGACAAGAAGAAGGUGAGAUCAGUGAUGCUGUUGAUAUGCACGAGUUGGAGAAGAAGCUAUGCAUUGUUGGGCUUUGGUGCAUCCAAAUGAGGUCUCAUGAUAGGCCAACGAUGAGUGAGGUCAUAGAUAUGCUUGAAGCUGGGAUCGAUGGAACGGAAAUGCCUCCGAGGCCCUUCUUUUGUGAUGAUGAGCAGGUUCCUAGGGUCGGUUCUUACUAUAUAUCAUCCGAAAUGACAGUAAUAUCUGAGGAAGAGGAGGAUUAAAUAAUAAGGUUCUAGCUUAUGUCAAGCAGCUAAUAGAUGUAUGCGCUACCAAUUGUUUAGUUAUCUACUAAGCAAUUAGGAUACAGAAAUAUUGUUUUCCUUUAAGAAGAUAUACAGGAUACAUUCCUGCAACAAUUUGUAUCUGUUGUAUUCUUCCUAAGACUAAGAAGUGGCUUCCUUGUAUCUUCUGUCAUUUUCAACACAAUCGUUGUAUCUUCUUUCCCUUCUUUUGAAAUGUUUAGAUGGUCCAAUCGCGCAUCCAGAAACAGAUCAGAGCA